GUAAGUGGCGGCGGCGGAGGAGAAGGCAGCUGAGGCGGCGGCGGAGACCGGGGGUCCGGGCAGCGACGGCAGCGGCGGGCCGAGGAGCCGGGCGCGAUGGAGCGGAAGAGGUGGGAGUGUCCGGCGCUCCCGCAGGGCUGGGAGAGGGAAGAAGUGCCCAGAAGGUCGGGGCUGUCGGCCGGCCACAGGGAUGUCUUUUACUAUAGCCCAAGUGGAAAGAAGUUCCGCAGCAAGCCGCAGCUGGCGCGGUACCUGGGUGGCUCCAUGGACCUGGGAGCCUUUGACUUCCGGACCGGUAAGAUGCUGAUGAGCAAGAUGAACAAGAGCCGGCAGCGGGUGCGCUAUGACUCCUCCAACCAGGUCAAGGGCAAACCUGACCUGAACACGGCCCUCCCCGUCAGGCAGACAGCGUCCAUCUUCAAGCAGCCGGUGACCAAGAUCACCAACCACCCCAGCAACAAGGUGAAGAGUGACCCUCAGAAAGCCGUGGAGCAGCCCCGACAGCUCUUCUGGGAAAAGAAGCUGAGUGGCCUGAAUGCCUUUGACAUUGCAGAGGAGCUUGUGAAGACCAUGGACCUCCCCAAGGGCCUGCAAGGCGUGGGACCCGGCUGCACAGACGAAACCUUGCUCUCAGCUAUCGCCAGCGCCCUGCAUACUAGCACCAUGCCCAUCACUGGGCAGCUCUCAGCUGCUGUGGAGAAGAAUCCCGGGGUAUGGCUCAACACGGCCCAGCCCCUCUGCAAGGCCUUCAUGGUGACUGAUGAGGACAUCAGGAAGCAGGAGGAGCUGGUGCAGCAAGUCCGAAAGCGACUGGAGGAGGCACUGAUGGCUGACAUGCUGGCCCAUGUGGAGGAGCUGGCCCGGGAUGGUGAGGCGCCACUGGACAAGCCGGGGGCUGAAGAUGACGUGGAGGAUGAGGAAGAUGAGGAGGAGGAGCCUGACCAAGACCAGGAAAUGGAGCAUGUAUAGAGUGGGUGCGGGUGGACCCCCCCAGCCAUAGCAUGCACUUGGGUAGUGACCAUGGGGGGUGGGGGAGAGGCAGUCCAAGAGUCCUUGGGACCUGUUCCAUGCCAGGUGUCUGCUGUGCCAGGAGACCUCCUGUCUCCCUGGGAGGUGCCCAGUGUGGCCUGGCCCUCCUUGUCUUUCCAGAGGCCCUGCUUGAGCUCCGCCUGUGUGGGCACCUACAGCCCUUGCCUUGUUGGGACCAGGUUGGGGGGAAGGUGGCUUCCCUCCCUUCCCAGGUGUGUCCACUCCUCCAGGCCACUGGAGCAUCUGGGGUUCACAGCAGGAGGAUGGCCCCCUGCACAGUGAACCCCCAUGUUUGCUCCUCAUUCAAGGGCCAGGCUUCUGGAAGUGCUGGUCACUCCUGGGUCCCACCUGUAGGGGCCUUUCUCUUUGGAUCAUGGCUCCUGGGUGCUGCUGGGCCUCUGGACUCAGUGUGGCCACCCUGAGCUUCUUGGACAGGACAGCUGCCCAUGGGCAACCUGCACAGUUCCUGCGGGGUCAGAGGAAGCUUCUGGAAAUAGUCUUGCCUCCAUAUCAUUGUGAGGGACAAUCCUCUGGGCCAGCCUGUCAGCCUCCCAGAAGGGGUUGCAGGACAGUUCCCUGAGUACCCACCUAGCUGGGAAAAGCCACAACGCUUGGAGCGUGCCCCAAAACGAGCGGCACAGCCCAGAUGUUUCCUUCAAUAAACCGGUGGUACAAACCAGGCUGAA